UGAGUUACCAAGGAGAUCCGAGCUGUGGUGCUAAUCACAGCUAGCCGUUAAACUAGCCGUCGAACUCGGGGGGGGGAAAACGGACUUUAGGUGCUGGAUGUUUUUGUCUAAGGGGACAUUUAUAACAUGGCAGAGCUGCAUAUUAUCGGCCAGAUCGUCGGAGCCAGUGGUUUCCCGCAAAACAGCCUAUUUUGCAAAUGGGGAGUUCACACGGGAGGAGCAUGGCGUCUUCUGUCCGGGCUGAAGGAGGGUCAGACCCAGGUGGAUAUACCCCAAAUUGGAGACAUGUCGUACUGGUGUCACCCGAUUGAUCUGCACUACGCGACCAAGGGACUUCAAGGCUGGCCGAAGCUUCACCUCCAAGUGUGGCACCAGGACUCUUUCGGACGCUGUCAGUUGUACGGAUACGGGUACUGCCACGUCCCGUCUAGCCCCGGACAUCACCGAAUAAGCUGUGUGACCUGGAGGCCGCUCGGUUCCUGGCAAGAGCAGUUGGCGCAAAUGUUUGUCGGCGGAGGACCCCAGCUCCGCAGCCCGGACCUCAUCUACAGCGGGGCGGACAGAUACAGGUUGCACACCGAAGCCAUGGGGACUGUGGAGCUGGAGCUAGGCGUUAUCAUCAGGCACUUUGACAAAUAUGGCGUCGAGAGUUAACAUGAUGAAAUGUAAAGGACUUUAGGAAAAUUGUGAUGGAUUGUAUAUUGUGCAGGAGAAAUAUCUUGUUUUUAGCAAAGCUUUGUACUUUUUCCUAAAUCGCUUUUGUGUUUUUAUAUUCUAGAUUUAUAUAAAUAAACAUAACUGUCGUCUUAACGAA